CGCGGCGCAGCGCAGCCAGUGCCGCAGCCGCUGGGUAGUGCGCGUCUUCUGCGGAGGGUCGCAGCGAGAGACGAGAUGGGUGUCGAGAUAGAAACCAUUACCCCGGGAGACGGAAGGACCUUCCCUAAAAAAGGACAGACGUGCGUGGUGCACUAUGUCGGUUCACUGACGGAUGGCCGGAAGUUUGACUCCUCCCGGGACAGAGACAAGCCCUUUCGGUUUAAAAUAGGAAAACAGGAAGUCAUUCGAGGCUGGGAGGAGGGCGUCGUCCAGAUGAGUGUCGGCCAGAGGGCCAAGCUGACCUGCUCCCCUGAUUACGCCUAUGGGUGUAAGGGUCACCCUGGCAUCAUCCCGCCUAAUGCCACGUUGAUCUUCGACGUGGAGCUGCUGGGGCUGGAGUGAAGCUACCCAGAGCAUCUUGUUGCCUCCUGCCCUGGGCUUACGGAGAAAGCUAGGAGAGUGUGCACUUGAACAUUAAAGGGGCUUGUCUUAUAGUUCCACUUUGGUCACUAUUUAUCCAUAUAGAAAACAUUCUGUGUAUCAUCUGUGACUCAGCUUUUUUUUUUUUACACACACACCCUUCCUUUGAAAGUAUGGGCCAUAACCUUUAAAACCUCGUGAAGUUCUUAAUCUUGAAUUUUAAUUGUGCAUUUGUUUUCAGGGAGGGUAUCUGUUUGGAUUUUUGCUCUUUUUUGUGUAGAAUACGUUGUGCAUGAUCAAGCAUUUUACUGAUUAUACCAAUGAACAGUGGCAGUGGGAGAGGAAGAGGGUGAAUAUACAGUAAUGUACAGCAGAUCGGCGGGGUACUGCAGUAGCCAGACAAAGUGCAAUGUUUAUACAGAAAAGCACUGCGUGUUAAAUGUUUUACACUGUUCUGAGUCAUUUUGAGACAGGAUAAUUCACCUGAUGGACUGUACAGUUUCCCUCGUGGGAAAUGGAGUGGGGGUGGGUUUUAUAUUGGAAUAUCCCGGAAUAACGUAAGCAGUUUUGAAUGAGAGGAAUCUCUUUAGGCUGUCAUUCCUGCGUUGCUGUUGGAAACCUACUGAUCCCAGGACGAUAUCCAAGCGCGUCUUGAGCAGCAGAGGACAUGGCUUUCGCCAGAGUGGCAGGGGAGGUUGUUCCAUGCACCUGCCAUUCUUGGUGUAAGGCGUAUCCCAUUUUCAGUCCUCUAUGCUCUGCUUCUUGAAUUCCCCUUGCACGUCCCGCGGUCCCACACUGUGUGCGCCGUGAGAGACGUGAUGGAGCAUCGUUUGGCUGUGCAGUGCCAGGUUAAUUAUUGCUUUGGAAUUGGAGGUUGGAGGGAGGAAAGUGUGGUACCCCCAGGUCACUGUGUUCCUUCAUCUGUCUGGAACUAGAAUGGAUUUGCAUGUCUUGUUUAAGAAUUCAGUUUGUCUGCUUGUAUGGUUUACAUUUUUUUUUCUCUGGCCUCAGCUGUAUUCACAAAGCCAUAACGGAAAGAUGACAAAACAGACCAUGCUGGGGAGUGUAUUUAAAGUUGUAGGACUUCUUACACAGUGCCUAAGCAUUUUGGGCAGGGGAACAUGCGAUCUGCCCCGAUUUUCAUCUGAACAACUUGCCAUUGUUUUGCAGAGACGAAAGCCUAAACUGAAUCAUUUCUACUCUUUUAAACGAGGCUUCAGAAAACCCCACACAGGGCUUUUACAAAUCGUCGGAGUUACCAGUAAUUGCUCCCUACUGCCUAAAUAUUUUUGUAGGGCCAGAAGCAUCCUUUGUAAUUACAGAUGCUGGUUUUAGAAAACAAACACAAAACACGCAUAAGAAGAUGCUGGUCAUCACAACUGUAAUGUAUGCUUUCCAGUGUGGCUUAUCUUGUCCUUCACUGCACUGUAUAUCUGCUUCAGAACACGCAGGGAACAAAAAUAAACAGGAAAUCAAAAUAUGCUGUUGCAAUAAAGUGCUUUCUACCUGCUUUGGAAAA